AUGAAAAGUCUUCACUUGUCGUCUUCUUCAAUCUUCCACCGGUUUGCUUCUCGCAGCAUCGUGUCCUUACCCAGAAGAAGAAAUCGUGUCCGUGCGAUCCAUCCUUCGUUUUUUGGCCCUUUCUCGACGAUUCUCUCGAGACCCAUUUCAUCAGGCAAGGUCUUGGCCAUGGCGGAAGAGACUUCUUCGUCUUGGACCUCGUCAACAUCUCAGAAACAUACAAACCGUUUAGCAGCAGAACACAGCCCUUAUCUUCUUCAACACGCGCAUAAUCCGGUUGAUUGGUAUCCAUGGGGAGAAGAAGCUUUUGAAGAAGCAAAGAAGAGAGACGUGCCUAUCUUCUUGUCAAUUGGAUACAGUACCUGUCACUGGUGCCAUGUGAUGGAAGUUGAGUCAUUUGAAGAUGAAGAAGUGGCAAAACUCUUGAACGAUUGGUUUGUUAGUAUCAAGGUGGAUCGUGAAGAGCGGCCUGAUGUCGAUAAGGUUUAUAUGUCGUUCGUCCAGGCUCUGUACGGUGGAGGAGGUUGGCCACUAUCGGUCUUCCUAUCACCUGAUCUAAAGCCAUUGAUGGGUGGAACCUACUUUCCUCCAAAUGACAAUUAUGGAAGACCAGGAUUCAAGACGAUACUUAAGAAAGUGAAAGAUGCGUGGGACAGUAAGAAGGAUACUCUUGUGAAGAGUAGCAUAUAUGCUAUGGAAGAACUGUCAAAAGCUUUAUCUGCAAAUGCUGAAACUGAUAAGUUGCCAGAUGGGCUUUCUCGGGUAGCGUUGAGUUUAUGUGCCAAACAACUUUCUCGCAGCUAUGAUUCGGAAUUUGGCGGGUUUGGAUCUGCACCAAAGUUCCCGAGGCCUGUCGAGAUCCAGCUGAUGCUUUAUCAUUCCAAAAAGUUGAAAGAAGCCGGGAAAACUAGUGAGGCCGAUGAAGACCAAAGUAUGGUUUUAUUCAGCUUGCAAGGCAUGGCAAAUGGAGGGAUGCAUGAUCACAUUGGAGGCGGAUUCCAUAGGUACAGCGUUGAUGAAUGUUGGCACGUUCCACAUUUUGAGAAAAUGCUAUAUGAUCAAGGGCAACUAGCUAACGUCUACCUUGAUGGUUUCAUCAUUACCAAGGAUGUUAUGUAUUCUUAUGUGGCAAGAGACAUACUUGAUUAUCUGAGAAGGGACAUGAUUGCACCUGAAGGUGGAAUAUUCUCGGCUGAAGAUGCCGAUAGCUUUGAGUCCGAGGGCGCAAAGAGAAAGAAAGAAGGAGCAUUCUAUAUAUGGACCAGCGACGAGAUUGAUGAAGUUCUCGGGGAGAAUGCAGAUCUUUUCAAGGAGCAUUAUUAUGUUAAGAAAUCAGGUAACUGCGAUCUUUCGAGUAGGAGUGACCCGCACAACGAAUUCGCUGGGAAGAACGUGUUGAUCGAAAGAAAUGAGCUGUCUGCCAUGGCAUCAAAGUUUAGCCUCUCCAUUGAGAAGUACCAAGAGAUUUUGGGUGAAUGCCGAAGAAAGCUUUUCGACGUCAGAUUGAAGCGACCUAAGCCGCAUUUAGAUGAUAAGAUAAUCGUGUCGUGGAAUGGUCUUGUUAUCUCGUCUUUUGCAAGAGCUUCCAAGAUUCUCAAGGCUGAGCCUGAAAGCACCAAAUAUGGUUUCCCUGUGGUGAAUAGUCAGCCAGAGGAUUACUUAGAAGUUGCAGAGAAAGCAGCUUCAUUUAUCAGAAAGAAUCUCUACGAUGAGCAAUCACACAGGUUACAACACAGUUACAGGAAGGGACCAUCAAAAGCUCCUGCCUUUUUAGACGAUUAUGCUUUCUUGAUCUCUGGUUUGCUCGAUCUCUAUGAGAAUGGAGGUGGGAUCGAAUGGCUUAAAUGGGCUAUUAAACUUCAAGAAAUCCAGGAUGAGCUAUAUCUCGACCAAGAAGGAGGAGCCUACUUCAAUACACAAGGACAAGACCCGUCGGUUCUUCUCCGUGUGAAAGAAGAUCAUGAUGGUGCAGAACCUUCAGGGAACUCUGUAUCUGCUAUUAACCUUGUGAGAUUAGCUUCCAUAGUCGCUGGAGAAAAAGCUGACUCCUACCUAAACACCGCACAUCGUCUACUGGCGGUGUUUGAGUUGAAGUUGAGAGAAAUGGCGGUAGCAGUGCCGUUAAUGUGCUGCGCUGCGGACAUGAUCUCUGUUCCGUCGAGGAAACAAGUUGUGUUGGUUGGUUCUAAGCCUUCUGUAGAGCUCAAUCACAUGCUUUCUGCAGCACAUUCAGUCUACGAUCCUAAUAAAACGGUGAUUCACAUUGAUCCUUCGAGUUCUAAUGAAAUGGACUUUUGGGAAGAGCAUAACAGUAAUGUAGCUGAAAUGGCGAAGAGAAACAGAAACUCUGAGAAAGUUGUGGGUCUUGUUUGUCAACACUUCACUUGUAGUCCUCCUGUCUUUGACUCUUCUUCUCUCACUCGCUUACUCUCCAAAGACUCCGAUGGUGAUUCCCAUUCUUCUUCGGUUAGGGCUCGUUUCGAGACAAUGAUAAGAUCUGCUCAGGAUAAUGUCUGCGAAGCCAUUGAAGCAGUUGAAGGAGGUCCUAAGUUUAAGGAAGAUGUUUGGUCUCGACCUGGCGGAGGCGGCGGAAUCAGCCGUGUUUUGCAAGAUGGAAAUGUCUGGGAGAAAGCUGGAGUUAAUGUCUCUGUGGUUUAUGGUGUUAUGGCUCCUGAAGCUUAUAGAGCUGCUAAAGCCGCCUCAUCUGAGCAAAAACCCGGUCCGAUUCCGUUCUUCGCCGCCGGAAUCAGCUCAUUUGAGACUGAUGCUCCAAAGGAUGUUCCUGGAGCUCCGAGGCAAUGGUGGUUUGGUGGUGGGACUGAUUUUACACCUGCUUACAUCUUCGAAGAGGACGUCAAACACUUCCAUUCGAUUCAAAAGCAAGCCUGUGAUAAAUUCGAUCCGUCAUUCUACCCUCGGUUCAAGAAAUGGUGUGAUGACUACUUUUACAUCAAGCACCGUGACGAGAGGCGAGGACUUGGAGGGAUAUUUUUUGAUGAUUUGAAUGACUAUGAUCAGGAAAUGCUUCUGUCAUUUGCUACUGAAUGUGCAAGCUCAGUGAUACCAGCUUAUAUACCUAUAAUAGCGAAACGUAAAGACACGCCAUUUAACGAGCAACACAAGGCAUGGCAACAAUUACGAAGGGGGCGAUACGUUGAAUUCAACUUGGUUUAUGACCGCGGAACAACAUUUGGUCUGGAAACAGGAGGGCGAAUAGAGAGUAUACUUGUCUCUCCGCAAGACGGGAAUAUGACCAUAAACCAGAAGAAGGAACUGAGGAAUGGAAGCUAUUAG